AUGGAAAGAUUGAACCACAUGAACCUAGAUAACCAUCACGAGAACCCUAAGAUUGUCGUUGCACCAAACGUUGUCGUGUACUCUCCACAUGCGGUUUAUUCCGAGAGGAAAGUUCAGUUGGUGUUCAAUUGUUUCUUGGGGUUCCUCUUGUUGCAAUACAUAUCCUUCUUCUUCACGUUAACUUUCGAAGACAUUUCAAACCGUCCAGGGAUCUGUAUCGUGGCUGAUUUUUGUGUCUUGAUUACUCUGAUCCUCUCGAUGUUCUUAUCACCAUUGGGUAACUCGACUUUGCCUCAGGCUUCUGCGUAUUUUGCCCACUUAACAAUAACUCUGUUCCAGUGCUUCACCACGAUGAUGAUGCUCGUAGCCACGGUUUGUGUUGUUAAGAGCGACCAUUUCUACCUAUCUGUCUACAAGAACGGAGCUCUAGAACAGACUGUUGACCUUCGGUUGUUUAGCAUUGUGUCCACAUCUCUGAUCUUGGGUAUAUGCGUUAUUACGAGUGCACUCGCCAUACUGAACACAUGCCUAUACGCAAGACUGUUGUACAGGUUGCUGAAUCGAAUCGAUAGAAACUCAAGGAACAACACCAAAAUACUGUUUGAAAUGCAAACCCAUCUCCGCUGUGGAACUUCUAUAAUGAACUACGAGGCUGAGAAUGGGACUCUAAUCAAAUUUCCUGAUGAGGUUUUGAAAAAGGUACACGAUUCGUUUGUAUAG